AUGUUCAUAACGACAGUUACUGGUUGGCCAAAAUCCGUAGCUACUGCUAUUAUCGCUGGGAGAUGGUAUGCAGUUCGUAGGAUGGCAGCGAAGGCAUCACAAAAUUCAUAUCUAAAACCUUUGUAUUUGGAUGUGCAAGCAACUACACCGAUGGACCCACGCGUGGUGGACGCUAUGAUACCAUAUAUGGUGAGCUCAUAUGGUAAUCCUCAUAGUAAAACUCAUUUUUAUGGAUGGGAAGCGGAAGAAGCAGUUGAAAAAGCCCGCUUACAGGUAGCGAAAUUAAUUGGUGCAGAUUCACGUGAAGUUAUUUUCACGUCUGGUGCUACAGAAUCGAAUAAUAUUGCCAUCAAAGGAGUAGCCAGUUUUUACAGAGAAACUGGAAAAAAUCACUUGAUCACAGUGCAGACGGAGCAUAAAUGCGUAUUGGAUUCUUAUCGCCACUUGUCAACGAAAGGCUUCAAAGUAACCUAUUUACCCGUUCAGAAAAAUGGGAUAAUCAAUUUGAAGGAAUUAGAAGAUGCUAUUACAGAUGGUACCAUCCUUGUGUCUGUUAUGAUUCUGAACAAUGAAAUUGGUGUCAUACAGCCUACUAAAGAAAUUGGGAAAAUAUGUCGGGAGAGGAACGUAUUUUUUCACUGCGAUGCAGCACAAGCUAUUGGGAAAAUAUCGAUAGAUGUUAACGAUAUGAAUAUUGAUUUAAUGUCUAUUAGUGGCCAUAAAAUUUAUGGGCCAAAAGGUGUUGGAGCAAUGUAUAUUCGUCGGAGGCCUCGUGUUCGAUUGGAAGCGCAAAUGUCAGGAGGUGGACAAGAGAGGGGCAUGCGGUCAGGAACUCUCCCAACACCGCUUAUUGUUGGCUUUGGCAAAGCUUGUGCUAUCGCAGCUGAAGAAAUGGAAAUGGAUAAAAAACAUAUCGAGCGUCUGUCGAGGCGAUUGUUAGAUCGUAUAAAUUCUAAGUUAAGUCAUGUUGUGCGAAAUGGUGAUCCAGAACAGACUUAUCAAGGAUGUCUGAAUCUUUCAUUUUCUUGCGUUGAAGGUGAAAGUUUGCUCAUGGCAUUAAAAAAUGUAGCAUUGUCAUCGGGCAGUGCAUGUACCAGUGCAUCGCUUGAGCCUUCGUAUGUUCUUCGAGCUAUAGGAGCCGAAGAAGAUUUGGCUCAUUCCAGCAUCAGAUUUGGGAUUGGAAGGUUUACCACAGAAGAGGAAAUUGAUUAUACAGCCGAUCUCUGUAUCAGAGAAGUGGAACGACUUAGAGAAAUGAGCCCAUUAUGGGAAAUGAUCCAGGAAGGCACUGAUUUGAAAAGUAUAGAAUGGAGCCAGCACUAA